CAGCCCCGACACGGCCCGAGGGGGCCCCGCGGCCCCGCCGCCCCGUGAGGCCUCCCCGCCGCCCUCCCAGCAUGGCCCGCGGGGCCGGCGAGGCGGCAGCGGAGGGGGAACUGGGAGAUGACAGCCUGUCUGUGAUAACCUGUGAGUCAGACACAGAAAUGAAGUUAAAGAAGAAGAUUUUUCACAAGCCUCCCAAGUCACCAAAGUCUCCCUACAGCUCUAGCACACAACUGUAUCCCAAAAAAGCUGCAGCUUGGCGAUCUCUGCAGGGAACGGGCAGUGCAUGUUCAGAGAGUGCAGCUGUAAAAAAGCCAAGGCAGCUGUGGCUGGAAUCACUGAAACAAGGAAUGAGCCAUCCUCUGAAAUCAGAUGUUGACGUGGGGCAUAUGAGAACCAACACUUCCAGUAGCACUCCAGAAUAUUUGAAGGAAGCUCUAGGAAUGAAGAAGCCAAAACAUUCUCGUUCUUCUAGUAAUGGCUACAUUCCUGGAACUCCUGACUACAAAGAAAAAGAAGAUAUGUAUGAUGAAAUUAUAGAACUGAAAAAGACAAUACAAGCUCAGAAAAACGAGGGCGAUCGAAUGAAAACGAAGCUCCGUCGACUGGAACAGGAGAACAGUAGGAAGGAUAAACAGAUUGAACAACUGUUGGAUCCUUCCAGGGGCUCUGAGCUGGCACGAGCUUUAUUAGAAAAGAAGAAUGAUAAUGGAUGGGUGGUCAGUGGAUUAAAGCAGAAUAUUCUCAAGCUUGAACAGCAGUGCAAGGAGAAAGACAACACAAUUAAUGAAUUCCAGGCAGACAUGAAGACCAGCAAUUUGGAAGAAGUGAGGUUAGCUAUGGAAACCUACUAUGAAGAGGUUCAUCGCCUCCAACUCCUCCUGGCAAAGUCUGAGACUAUGAGGAAAAAUACAGAGGGCAGAGAUACCCAGAAGCGACUGAAGGCACUGAAUGCUGCUGUCCUGAGAUUGUCCAGGAACAUCAAGGAGUUGCAGACUGAGAAUCGGAGGCUGAAGGAAGAUCUGGAUCAUGUACUGAGCAGUUCUCCUCCUCCCAGUAAAACAAAAAAUUAUAGUGAGUGGAGCAGACAGAGGCUGGUGAGGCGGAUUUCGGAACUGGAAAAAAAAGUAUGUGCCAUGGAGAGCACCAGGGUGUCACCAGCAGACAGUGAUUCAUCACAGUUGCCUGCUGUGGCAUCUUCACCUUCUGUAGACCUGGAUCAUCCAGCCCCCCAAUAUAUAGACCAUGUUGAGGAAUGCCAUCGUCUCCAAAGGGAAGUGAAGAAACUGAAGAGUGACAGGAAGGCACUUCAAAAUCUCCUACUCAGUAAAGAAUCAGAUAUCAAGCAGUUACUGCAGGCUAAGGCUGAAGUGGAGCUGGAGCUGCAGAAGUGGCAGAGUAAGAUGGAAGAAAAGAGUACAGAAGAACAGACUUUAAGUGAGGAAAUCCAGAACCUGACACAGAAAGUAGAGAAACUGGAGUCAAAAUUGGAGGAAGAGAAAAGACAAAUGGCAGAAGAUACAAUGGAAAAUCUUCAUAAGUCUUCACCAGUCUGCACAGUUAAAGGCAAAGAAGAUCACAGGGAAGAACAAGCAGCCAAAAUCAUCCAGAGACACUGGAAGAUGUACAAAACCAAGAAAGAAGAAAUUGCUCUGGAUGAGGCAGUUGUGGUGCUGCAGGCAGCUCUCAGAGGACAUUUAACUCGACAGAAACUGUUACUGAAUAAUGGGAUCCAUGAAGCAAAAUCUCUCAACAAGAACUCCUGCGUGUCUUCCAUGUCAGACUCCUUGAGCUCGUCCUCUGAUUGCGAGGAGAGAGAUGAGAUUGUGACGUUCAUUCAGUCCAUUUUCAGGGCUCACUCAGCACGUACAGUUCUGCUUGAGGAGAGGUCUUCUGUGUCCAGUGCACCAAGUGAGAAAGCAGAUUCUGCACUUUACAGUACAGAGAAGAAACUGGUCUCAGCAGCACUCCAGAGACCUCCUUCAGUCCUCCUGUCGCCUCUUCCUGCCAGGUCCUCUGAGGGUCUGUCCCAUCCUGCUCCCGCCCUGCCCGGGGAUGAAGCUCACUCAGACGACUCGGAUGAUGUUGUUAUUGUGUCUCCUUUGUUGCAGAUGAAGAAAAGCUACAGCCACUUUUAAGUUUUGGUGACAGGCUCUGGUGAUCUUGAAUUAUUGAAUUCACGAACAAAACUAUUUGUACCAAGAUCAGGCAUGUCAAAGAUGAAGAGAGGAGGAAUAGCAGCCCCUUUUUAAUGGCAGUUGACAUUAUUUCAACCAUUCUUUCAUAUGUCAUCUCUGCAGACUUUAUGGCUAAAAGCCACUGACUGACUGUUAACCUUACCCUGGUGCACAGAGAGUUUGGAUUUAAAAACUUAACCAAAACACUUUAAUGUUUUGUUUCACAAUGAGGAUUGUAAAUUCAGUUGACAAAUUCAAGUGAAAGCAAUAAAGCCUUAAGCUAUUUCAUGUCAAACAAAGUUUUGUUUCAGAUCAACUAAAAAUAUAAUUUGUGUAAUCAGAAAGUGGUUAAUGACGUGACUCCAAUUUUCAGCCUGUGUAUGUUCAAGGGUACAGCUGGUAUUUGUUACCUGGGCCUCCCUAUUUAAAAAUUUUACUUGUCAUAUUUUGUAUCUUUUUUUGUUUAUUUUUAUACUGAACAUUUACAGACCUUGUAAGCCAUUCCUCUGUCAUAGGCCAUUCUAGACCUACUGUAUCAGCUGGCUUUCCUUAUUUAUUGCUUUUUCCACGUGUGCUUGUGAUGAUGUGUAUAGAAUGUUUUGUAUUUGAAAUGUCUGAUCACAUAAUCAGAUUUUUGGAUUUGUCAGGGCAGGUGUGUAGUGGCAGGAGUGUUCUGUGAAGGAUACCCUUGUGACUGCUUUCUGCUUACAGAUCACAAAUUUGAGUUCAUUAUACAGACUCAUCUCUGAGAUGUGAAAACAUCUGACAUAGGAGGUAGGACUGUCUGAAAUGUUCACCUGACUGCAGUGCUCAUGCACUGAGGGGAGGAGCACUGAGGUUUUAAGUCUGAUGUUGCUUUGCUGUGGUUGAUACCUCUUCCCAGUACUACCUUUGCCUGUGCACACCUGCACAGUGGGUCCAGUCAGAAUCUGGGAGAGGGAUCCCAUAUCCACCCCUAUCUGCCUCUGCCAGGCUGGUGCUGGAGAACAUGGGCACUGCCUACUUAAUUCUGUGCAUUGUGGAUUAGGAUGAGUACAAUAAACAAAGCCUAAUCCAUGCAGUUUGGUUUGGGAACAGAAGUGGUAGGUUGGAUUAAGAAAUUAAGGCUGCAUCCAGAAACAGCACUGACAAUAACAUUGUCCAUGGAAAGACCAAAGACCUGGCUGUGGAGAAUAUAAUCAGAGGGGUCUUUCCAGAUCUUCUGUGCAGACUGUACUUUUUGACUGGAGAAUUCCAACUGUCACACCAACACCCUUCAAAAGCAUUAAAAUGCUUGUGUGGGUUUUUUUAAUCGUGAUAUUUAUUGAAAGGAGAAUUUAAUUUUACAUGCACACAGUGAAGGUUUGCUGGAAACCCUAAUGGUUUCUUUGUCACCAAAGAGUAAUAAAGUCUCCUGUAAACAGAAAGCACACUCUUAAAUAUAAGAUUUUUAUCACCUUCUCUUUUUUAAAUUAAAAAUCAGUCACCACUGUUUUGCAGAAUACCAAUAAGUCAGGGCUGUCUCAGUUCUGUGAUUUCAGUGAAGCACUAUCUGAGGCUUAUCAGAGUUUGUGCCAGUACUUGCAGCCAAAGAGGAAACUGGAUGGCUGCAGCACAAUGCAGCUGAUUUCAUUUAAUCCCAUCGGUGGAAAUGCUGCCUGUACUAUUUCCAAAGGCAGUUCUGGGAGCUCUCCAUACCCAGAGCAGCCUGAAGAAUGUCAUUUGCACUCCCAAUGGGUAAAUUUUUCCUGGCUGUACUUUGGUCACAUGACUGUCAUCUGCAGAAAGGAUAAAAAAAUAUAUAUAAAAUAAAAAAAGGGAUAGAAUCCUCUUGGUAGAAGCUGAGACCUGCUUCCCUCUGUUUCUGGAAGUCAUGUUAAGAAGAAGGGUCAUUUUGCUAAAUGGAAGCAGAGCUGUACUGAGUUGCCUGUGUAUAAUAUUUCAAGUCUGUAACUGGGGCUCUGUCAUGGAUCUCUCCAGAGAGAGUAACUAGAGCUGAGGACUGACACAUUAAGGGAAGGGUAUGUAGUGUGUCAGGACCCAGACUGAUAUCAAAUAACUACCUAGCUGUUAUCCUAUAAGGAAAUACUGAGACAGCAAAUAAAAUAAAGAUGGCAUUCUUUUACUUUACUGUGCUGUAAUGACCAAUAUGAAAGCAUUAGGAAGUUGAUACAGAGCAGGAAGAUUUGUUUUACCUGAGCCUGUGACCAGCAGUAGAGCUGUCAACAGACAACUUCUGGCAUAAAGGGGAGCUGGUAUCUUGGGAUGACCCAAAGGCACAGAAUCAGGGUGAAAAGGAUGAAACAUUUUCUGGAAGGAGUGAAAAUAUGUCUAGAGCUUUCUAAAUUUGAGACUGCUAUUUCCUAGGUAUCAAAAAUCUGAUACUUUACUUGAGAUGGGUUUCAGACUAAUAUUUUGGUUUGGAGGAGAACUUGCUCACUGCACAAUGAGUUUGGUGUGGAACAGUAGGAAGAGAAACCUCCACAGUAUCAGUAGCCUUUAACAUGGUUGUGUUGUACACUGGAAUGGAGUGUGUUGAAGGGAACAGUGGUGGACACAAGGUUUUGUUCUGUGGUUAUCUGAAUGCCAGCACCUGUGGGAAGAAGUGUGGAACAACGAUGGAAGAAAAAAUUAUUUGAAUAAAUGGCAUUUUUCCUCAACAGGGAGCUGAGGACAGUGAAAAUCAGUGUGGCUCAAACCUGUCAAAAUAAACCCAACACAAACAUGCUGUUUCUGUAGAAAGCCCUGGAAACCUUGUGGGGACGUCAAGGUCUUGAAUUAAAAUUAAAUUCCACUGUAACCUAUGUAAUCUAAAAGCACACUUUCCAUUCUGUUGAUAUGGAAUAAUGUUUCCAACUUAAAACCUUUUGCAGUGUUUAGUUAGAGAUUGUGUGUGAGUACAGAGUUUGGACUUUAAUGGGACAUUAUCUCUCUUGAUCUCUUUUUGCCCUUAAGUGCCUUUUCCUGUAAAUCUUUACUGAGGCAUCAAGACAUGAAAACUAUGGUUUUUUGCAUAGCUAUAAAAAUAAUCCCUGCACAGGCAACUUUUAAUGUAGUCAAAAUGGAAAAGGAGUGAUCUUGGCAUACGAGAGCACCAUUAAUUUUUAUGAUCUUUUUAAUAUUCAGAACUGUGCAAGUAUUUUAUGUAACUUAUUUUGGGAUCCUUGAAAAGCUAACACAAUUGCAAUGUGUUUACUCCUGAUUGUUGAAUUUUGAAAUAAAGUUUGUGUAUGAACAGGU